UUAAAUAAAAAAUCAAAAUGUUUGUUUCCGAGGCUGCAAAAAAAAGAGACCCACGAAUUGUACCGUUGCGAGAUAUGUUUGAAGCGUACUGCCAAUUGGACACAUUAGCCGAUGUAAUUGAAGUAGAUCUUCUGUCAUUUUCCCAACUCAACAGAUGGUUAGUGUCUGCAAAAGUAAUCGACGAGUCACGUGUCACUUCAACGGAUGCUUUUUUGUGUUUUUUCCAAUUUAAAAAACGGGCUAUUUCCUACGACGAAUUUCUUAUUUAUCUAGAAGACUUAGCAGACACUAAAGAAUUGAGUUUAAGCCGGGUAAAAUAUAAAUUGCAGACUUGCGGCAAACCUCCGGAGCCUACGCACAGUUCUUCAUCGUGA